AUGACCGAUAUACGUAAGUUUUUUGCACCUCAUAAGCGAAUGAAAACUACAAAUGAAAGUGGAGGUGUCGAAGAAGAUACUGUCUAUGAUGAGGUAUCACAGGAAAAGGGGGAGUCAAACGCAACCAUCACUAUUAAAAAUUCCAGUAGUUGUGCUGAUGGAGAAAAUAAAGAUGAAGCCAGUACCUCUGUUUGCUUCAAGUGCGUUGAUGAAAAGGGUAGUAGUAUCCUGGUCAGUAUUCCCAAUGUCGGAAAUUAUAUUGAAAAAAAGGAUAUUGACAAUUGCCUAAAAUAUAAGAUUUUAUUGAAUCCAUGGCAACCUGAAAAAAGAUAUAAUUUUAAGAAUGACAUAGACAGCACAAAAAUAACAUUUCGACCAGACUGGCUGUCAUUAUAUCCGUGGCUGGUCUAUUCUAAAGCAGUUAAAGGUGCCCUCUGCAAGUUUUGUGUGCUUUUCCGCCCACGCAUAACGCAUGGCAGUCAUCAUGGCGCAUUCAUAAGCCGCCCAUUCACAAAUUUCAAAAAAACUAAAAGUGUGGAAGAACUCGCCAACGAGAAACUUGCGAAAUUAGUACAAACCAAUCGUGCAAAGUUAAAAUCACUUGUUUCUUGUGUAUUGUUUUGUGCAUUACAUGACUUACCUUUAAGAGGAAAAACAAAUUCAAGUGCUGUAUUUGAUGAUCUGUUACAAUUUAGAGUACAGUCAGGUGACGAAAGAUUACGGAAACAUUUUGAGGGUGCGCCUAAAAAUGCUACCUAUGUUUCUCAUAGAACCCAAAAUGAUUUAAUUGAUGUAUGCGCCGAAGUGCUAAGAAAUGAUUUGAUUAAUACCAUCAAUAACAGCGAAUCAUUUUCAGUUUUGGCAGAUAAAACAGUGGAUAUUGCAGGCACAGAACAGCUUUCUCUUUCUGCACGUUAUUUUGACCUUGCAACUAAUGUUGUCAGAGAAGACUUCCUUGGAUUUACACCAUUAGCAAGGUUAGAUGCAAAACAUAUCUCCAACACAAUAAUAUCUACUUUAUCUGCCUGUGGUUUAAAUCUAGAUAAAAUGGUAGGACAAGGCUAUGACGGGUGCAGUAUGAUGACCGGUGAAAUUGGCGGAGUACAGAAGAUAAUUGCUGAGAAAUAUCCCAAGGCUCGCUUCUAUCAUUGUGCUAGCCAUAGACUUAAUUUAGUUGUGAAUGAUUUGAACACCUUACCAGAGGUUAGAAAUGCCAUUGGUGCUAUCAAAGAAGGAAUUUCUUUUUUCCUGGGGAGCACGCAAAGGAAAGUCCUAGUUGGGAACCUUCAAAAACUGUUCAUAGCAAAAUAUUCAGCCAAACUAGAACCUGUCACCAAUAUCCUACAAUCAGUAAACAUUAACUUGUUAGAAGUUUCAGAACACAUUCAAGGAAUUGUAAAAAUGUUAUUGGAUGACAGAGAAAAUGCGGAAGCCGAAUUUGAAAUGAUUAUGAAAAGUGCUGAAAGCAACUAUAGUGCACUAGGAAUAGAUGUCACUGGCAUUUGA